AUGUCUGAAGAAAUCACCGGAAAAGCUCAGUCCAUUGCUCCUCCAACUUCUAGUGUUUUUGCCAUGUUUGGUGGCAAGAAACCAGCCAAAAAAGCUGAAGAAGAUUCAAAAGCCAGCGAAUCAUCAGAAAAAAAGGAAGGCAGCUCUGAAGCAGCUGAUGACGAGCCCAAAGUUGAAUUUAAACCUGUUGUUCAAUUAGAAAAGGUUGAAAUCAAAACUAACGAAGAGGAUGAAGAUGUCUUAUCUAAAUUUAGAGCCAAGUUAUUCAGAUACCACUCUGACAUAGAAGAAUGGAAAGAAAGAGGUGUUGGUGAUGUCAAAUUUUUACAACAUAAAGAAACUAAAAAAGUCAGAUUAGUCAUGAGAAGAGACAAAACUCUUAAGAUUUGUGCCAACCACUAUAUAUCUCCAUAUUAUACUCUUAAACCAAAUAUUGGAUCUGAAAGAUCUUGGGUCUACAGUGUAACUGCUGACAUUUCAGAUGGUGAACCUGAGGCUCAAACUUUAGCUAUUAGAUUCGGUAACAAAGAAAAUGCUGAUAAGUUCAAAGAUGCUUUUGAAGAGGCUAAAGCGGAAAAUAAAUCAGCUUCUGGUUAA